ACAAGUAAAAGGCUCCCCUGGCUAGGCCUGCUCAUCGGUGCUCCCCAGGGCCCUGCCGAAAAACCCCAAGAUGUUGCUUUCCCUGCUGGUGCUCUGUGUCACUUCUCUGACCCUGCCCUUGACCCAUGGAGACGAGGGGGGCAGCCCUGAGAGCCGGCCUCCUCACACAGGGAACAUGCUGGGUGCCCGGACGCCACUGUCCACCUCAAACCCAGAGGUGAAGAGGGUCACCCAGUAUGCUGUGGAAACCUUCAACGAGGGAAGCAACAGCGUGUACUACUUCCGAGACACCAGAAUCAUCAAAGCCGAGAGGCAGCUUGUGUCUGGCGUCAAAUACUACCUGACUGUGGAGAUGGGGAGCACGGAGUGUCGGAAGGGCUCGGCUGCUCUCGAGACAGUGGGCUUGGCUGGCUGCCCCUUUUCCACAGAAGAAGAGAAACUACAAUGUCAGUUUGAAGUCCUGGUGGUUCCCUGGACACGUCAGACCAGGGUUCAGAAAAUUUCAUGUUCACGGGUCUAAGAAGGCCCUGGCUUGCCCCAGCGUGCACAGGCCAGCUCUGCAGAGAAAGGCUGGGGCAGACUGGAGAUGGACGGAUCUUCCGAGGGCCCUGAUGAUUGAACAGCGCCCAUGUUUGUCUGAAUAAAUUGAUAAAUCGA